AAAUUCGAAGCGAUUGCGUUUCUCAUAUUGCACGACUCACCCUUACAGAUUUGCCCAAAGAUAAAUUAUAUCUUGCAUUUUGUAUUACGACUUCAUUUUAUGUUCGGCUAAUUCUAUGGUCCUAUUAUUGUUUCAGUGAUUUACGUUUAUUUGUUUUGAAAUAUUUUAGAAUCAGAUUUUUUUAAAUAAAAUAAAAUGACCAAAGAAUGUGAAAACAUUUUGUUUUCUACAAGGGGGGUUCGCAAUGACAUCGACAUAUAUCCUCAAAAACGAAAACGAGAUCCAAAUUUCAGUACAAAUGAAAUACAACUCUUAGUGUCCAUAGUAAGCAAAUAUGCGCAUAUUACAGAAGACAAAAAGACGGAUAGAUCUUCUGUAGAAACCAAAAAUAAAGUAUGGAAAACAAUAGAAAAGGAAUUUAAUGCUUCAAAUUCUGAGGGCCUGUUUAGGAAUGCACAAAAAUUAAAAAAAUGUUUUGAAAAUAGAAAACAUGAGAUAAGAGUGAUGGAGAUAGAAAAAUCAAAAAGGAAAUACCUUGGCAGUAAAGCUUUUUUCGAAGAAGAAAACAACUUAAUUAAAAAUGGAGCAUCUGAUGAAAAAGAAUAUAUUCAACCUUCUAGCUUGGAAAGUCAUUAUCUUGAAAAGCGAGAUGGGAGUGAGGAAAUGAAACUAUCAACAAUGAAUGACAAAUCUUUAUACAGUCUUGAGUUUAAUGGGUUUGAUAGUAGAAGAACUGAUCCUCUCAGAAAGGGUGAAGAUAAUAUGGAAUAUAUGUAUGACAGUGAAAACACUCAGGGUAAUGAAAUUGAAAGUUCAAAUUAUAAACUGUCAGAUGUUGGUUCAUCAGACAUUGAAUAUGCCUGUGAAUGCGAAUUAAAUACCAAUAUGGAAGAAGAACAUUCAAGUGGGGGGAAACACUCUUGCCCAUGUAUAAAGUGUCACAAGUUCAUUUUGCCAAAAUUUCAAGAGAAAUAUGAUAAACUGCUUGAUAAGAGACUGGCACUUAUAGCAAAUCAGAUAGAAGAUUUUGAAGAAGAACGUGACUUUAGAAAAAAGGAGAGGAAGCUUAAGCUACAAUUAUUGCACCUACAAAUUGCAGCACUUAAGAAAUAAUAACUUUAAAAUUUUGGUUA